GCGGUGAGGCGCGGCAUGAAGUGCGCGGGCGUCGCGGGCGGCGGGCCGGGCGGCAACGAGCUGCUGCUCGGCGCCUGCUGGCUCGACCCCAAGAUCGAGGCCUCCUCCCCGCCCUGCCACGAGCUGCUCGACUCGCUGCUCGCCCCCCCGCCCCUCGCCGAGCUCAAGCCGCUCCCCCCCUUCACCGGCUACACGGGACACCUCUCCAUCAACGGCAUCUCCGGCCACCACUUCCACGCGAUCGCGCAGCGCCUUCCCGAGGAGAACAACAACUACCCCACCCAGAGCGGCUACGGCGCCGACAACGAGGUCGUGUCGUCCUCCACCUGUCCUACCGACUCGGAACCGCCUGAUUUGGAAGACGUGAAGCCUUUCCCGCUCGAUGUGACCGAUACGAAACCUUUUGCGGAAUCGACCGCGCCCGGGGCGGCGGAUUCCUGUGCACAAUCUUGUUCCCCGCCAGCCAAGCUCUUUGAUGAUGCGCCCAAGCAAGAAAUGUAUGAUUUAAGUUCAAUAGAAGACAUUGCAGCCAUCAUUGGUUCUGCUAUCGCCGAUACUACUGUUCCAUCGCAACCGGAAGACCCCGAAAGAAACGACUCGAGAGACAGUUGGAUGGACAUUGACAUGACGUGGAUAACGAGUGCCAGCAGUCAGCACGGAGAGAAAAUUGUCCCUCAAGAUCUCUCUGAAUUCGGCCUUUCCAUUUCUCCUCCCCCUUCUCAAUCCAGCCACACUUCGGGGCUCGAUUACCCCAGCAAAGCCAAUCAAAAGUUUUCAAAAACCCAAGAGUUCUUCCAAAAUAAUUUCGGCCAAGCCGGCUCGACCCUCCAAAAUUUGCUCACCCAAAGUUACAUGCCCCUACUCCAGAAUCGGUUACAAAACGGGCCGCCCGUCAAACAAGAGGCUCCUAGUUCGACGAGUUACGGGAUGGAAGUGAUAUCGACGUCGUCACCGCCCGGAAACGCAGUAUCAACGACUGAUGGAGUGGGCGGCCUUUUAAAUGGAAGAUACGCGCCUCAUUACGCCUUGAGCUUAAAACCGGACGGCCUGUGCAGUCCCGACCGACUGCUGGGUUACCCGCACGCGCACACGACGACAGUCACACCAUCCAGCAAGUCGAAACGAAGUCGCGCAAAAGCAAAACAGGGGAACAACGGCAGUUUGCACGGCAGCUCGCUAGCCUUCUCUUCCGCCACAUCAGCCGAAUUAAGCGGCCUCCUGGGCAAAGAGAAGCCGGUCCACCGCUGCGGGAUCUGCAACCGCGGCUUCCUGAACAAGUCGAACAUCAAGGUGCACCUGCGCACGCACACGGGCGAGAAGCCGUUCCGCUGCGACGUGUGCGCGAAGGCCUUCCGCCAGAAGGCGCAUCUCAUCAAGCACCAGCAGAUACACAAGCGGAUCGGCCGGGACUGACCGCAAGCAUUUCCUAGCUCCUAGUGUGUGUACAUGAACUGUGAACUGUGUAUUGGAUGUGUAACCGUUGUCUUCUCGACCGAUGUUCGACCCCGUAGUUAUAUCCUCCUAAGGAAAAGUGCAAUGUUAACUAGUUUUAAGCCCUUCAGAUUUAUUAUGUAGAUAAUAUUGUUUUAUUUUGUUGUGUAGAUGAUUAAGACUUGUGCGUCGUUCGUUGCGCGUUGUAUUAGAAUGUGUCGAUGAACACCGAGCGUUGAACGAACAGUGAACGACGAAUCUUUUAACUCUUCAAAUAAUUUAUAUUUUUCGAGUGUGAAUGCUUACUCCGAUUACCUAUUUAUAGUCAAAUUAAAAAGAUAUUAAUUAGCUUUAUAAUGUAUAAUAUUAGUUACUUAUUUUGUAUUAUUUAAUGUGGACAAAGCGCACGAGGCUAUUUGCGACGCUCCCAGUAGAGUUUUAUUGCUCACUCAUUUCAUUGUUUUGGUCUCAAAUUAAUAUUUUCAUUAGCAUCAUCCCUGCAUACUCCCCAUCAUUCAUCAUUACAUAAUAUAUAUAUUUCAGUAAAAAUCAACAUCUGAAUGUUAUUAGUGUAAAUAUCCUCCGAAUCUCAUACGAACAUUCCACUUUAAUGAAAUAAUUGAUGGCUUGAAGAAUCCUUGCGGUGCGCGGGCGCAUGCGAGCGGAACAACCGUGUCCGGGAAAUGAUCGAAAAACUUUAAAAUCAAAUGUAAUAACAACGAUCCGUUGUUACGCAACUCCUUAAGUAGGACAGCGAAUUAAUAGCAAAUAGACCAAUUUAUUUUUCAUCUAUUUUACUUCUUUACAAACAAAACAAUUAGGAAUUAUCAUUCGCUAAUGUAGACACAGAAUGCGACACGCUAGUAUCUUAUAUCAACACUUUAGUUUCAACUACA